AUAGAUCAACGAUCAUGAAGGAAUUCAUUUUUCCAUUCGUAGUAUUGCUUGCCUACGCGGCCGUGAAUGUCGCCUUUCCACGUAUUAAUUACACAAUCCUACGGAACGAGAUACUGAAGUACGAAGAACGACUGAUGAUAGGCGCCAAUUUGACUCUAAACGACGAUGAAAAGGCCGCUAAUAAAAUCCUAAUGAAAGCAAAGAAAGAAGAAUUGAAUGCUGGUUUCAAGGAUCCUAGUCAAUAUGCCCCUGCACGGAACUUCCUCGAAGCUAAGAAGGACAUCGAGAGAUCGAAGGUCUUCCAACUGCUUCGUCGCAUGCCCAAAGGAGCGGUACUCCAUGCACACGACACUUCUCUCGUUAACAUCAAUUACUUGUAUCAUAACAUCACAUUCCGCGAUAAUUUGUACGUCUGCAUCGUCAAAGGAGCCGUUAGGUUGCACUUCUUCCGAGUACCUGACAAAUCAUGCGACUGGCAGCUCCUAAAGAAGGUACGCGAAGACCCUAAACAAGGGCCCCAGGUGAACGAUAUGAUCAGGAGCAGUAUGACGAUGGAGUGUGACAAUCCUGCGCUUGCCUAUCCAAACGUUAACAAGGCGUGGCAGAAGUUUACGAACAUAUUCUCGUUCAUCAACCCCUUACUAACGUAUAAACCUGUUUACGAGGAUCAUUUCCUCAAAGGCUUAGAAGAGCUAUACGAAGAUAACAUAAUGUAUCUUGAGCUUAGAUCCACCUUGCCAAAUUUGUAUGAUUUCGAUGGCACGCAGUACCAACCAGAAGAUUUAGUCGGUAUCUAUGAAAAUCUCACUCAAAGAUUCAAGAAGGAACAUCCGGACUUUGUAGGAGCCAAAUUGAUAUACGCCCCAGCGCGAUCUGCUGAUCAUAAAACAGCAGAAUAUUAUAUAAAAACUUUGAAAAGAUUAAAAAUGCUGUAUCCUAAUUUUGUGGCUGGAUUUGAUCUGGUCGGACAGGAAGAUUUGGGACACACGCUUGAGUAUUUCGUAGAUUUAUUGAAAACCGUUGAAGGGCAUAAUAUUACUUUCUUCUUUCAUGCAGGUGAAACGAAUUGGUUGGGAGCUUCUACCGACGAAAACCUCGUCGAUGCUAUUUUACUAAAUACCAAACGUAUUGGUCACGGAUACGCGCUGACCUCUCAUCCCUUCCUCCUGGAACUCGUCAGAAAAAUGAAUAUCGCUAUCGAAGUAAAUCCGAUCUCCAAUCAAGUUCUGAAACUUGUCGAUGACCUCCGAAAUCACGCUGCUAGACCGAUGUUCUCUGGAGGAUAUCCAAUGGUGAUAUCCAACGAUGACCCUGGAUUAUGGGGUGUAAAGGGUCUCAGCUACGACUUUUACGAAGGCUUUAUGGCACUCAUGUCGAUGCACGCUGAUCUCAGAAGUCUCAAACAAUUGGCAUGGAACUCGCUUGCCUAUAGUACUCUGCAUGACUCUGAGAUGCAGAAAGCGUUACAUAUUUGGGAAAGAAAAUGGCAGACAUUCAUCAAGGACAUAGUAUCUGAAAAUUAUUAAAACCACAAAUGAAUAAACGAAGAAUAACAAGGAUUUGAUUAACUAUUUAUAAAUAAUUAAACAAAAAAUGACACUAGUUUUUUUCAAUAAAAUUUGUAAGAAAUAGAUAAUCCUUCUUGUUACUGAAAUACAAUUUAAACGAUUCUGUGAUUGAUUAA